AUCAAACCAAAGCUCGACACUAAUUCCUAUAGUGUGUUCAGGCUGAGUAAUUAAUUAGAUCGAGCAUUGGGUUGUCGAAACCACAAAAUUCGAGAGAGAGCAGUCGUGCCUGUCUUCGCGAGUGUUCGAUUCGAUUUCUUCACUACUCUUUUUAUAGCGAGGAGGGAGCGAUAGGAGGGGGUGUCGGAGGCCCUAUCAUGUCUGAAUCGUUCUCGGUGUUCGACGCCUGCAUCUCGAUUUUCGAUAUGGAGAAACAGAGGAGGCCGUACCAUAGGUUCUGCGACUGUGCCCUUCACAAGCUGAAGAGGUCAUCUAGCCUUAAACAUUCUUCUUCUAGUGGUAGUAAUGAUGAUGGUAGCAACAUGGCCAUCGCUUGUUUGAGGAGGUCGGUCACAUUCCCGGGGGAGAAGAGAACGGCGGCGAAGAUGAACCGCCGUGGCCGAUUGUGUUUCGUUGGUUGGGUCGAGACGACGUCCAAGAAGCGUGGGGCCGCCGCCGGCGAGAAUAACGUGGGCACAAAUUUUUUGAUUGAGGAUGAGAGUUAAAGUGUUCUUUUUAAGUUGAGAUUAGAGUAUUCUUUUUCUUCAUAUCGUUGGAAUCUGUAUGUUAUGAUUCUUAAUUAAUUAGAAGAAUUUUAUUGUACAUGUUAAAUUUGAUCCCUGUCAUGGAUUCAAAAUCAUAAGAUGUGUAAUUAAGUGGAAAUGAAAUGUCCAUAUUGUU